GUAAAAAAUUGCUACAUAGAUGAUGAAUGCAAUGUAGCGCAUGCAUGCAUCGUGUUCCAUGUCAUGCCGUUUCCUCGACGUCACUCUUGCCUUGUGAAGAUGGAUGGAUAGAUGGCAAUGCUGGGUACAUGUGUACAUGUACAUGUAUGUGCGUGUAAGAGGAUUGGAAUGAUGUUUUGUCAGCGCAUGAGCAGGCGCUGCAGGUGGAUUUAUCAUUCGUGGGACCUGGACUUCGGAAUUAACACCGAAUGAGACGACCGAGUUGCGUCACCCGGAUUGCCCCACUCCGCUCGUCGCUCUGCUCUGCUCUGCUCUGUUCGGCUUUGGUUGGGGUGGGGGGUAGCUCCCGCCCUCUUCCCUCUCGCCCCUCCAUCCAUCCACGACAUCACUUCUCAAACACACUCCCACAUACAUACAGUACCACCAAACCUUUCCCACCCAACUGUAAAUAACCCGUCACAAUGGUCAAAGCUGUCGCCGUCGUCCGUGGAGACUCCAACGUCAAGGGUACCGUCACCUUCGAGCAGGAGAACGAGUCCUCCCCCACCACCGUCUCAUGGGACAUCACCGGCAACGACGCCAACGCUGAGCGUGGCAUGCACGUUCACGCCUUUGGCGACAACACCAACGGAUGCACCUCUGCUGGUCCCCACUUCAACCCACACGGAAAGGAGCACGGCGCUCCAUCAGACGAGAACCGCCACGUCGGUGAUCUAGGCAACAUCAAGACCGACGGCCAGGGUAACGCCCAGGGCAAUGUAUCCGACAAGUUCAUCAAGCUCAUCGGCCCCGACAGCGUCAUCGGCCGUACCGUCGUCGUCCACGGCGGCACCGAUGACCUCGGCAAGAGUGACCACCCCGAGUCCAAGAAGACUGGAAACGCUGGUCCUCGCCCUGCUUGCGGUGUCAUUGGUAUCUCGUCUUAGAUUGGCACCUGUGUCUUUUGAGGGCUUGUCGUGGUGCUCUAGGGUCUUUCUCUUUUCCUAGCUGGAUCUCCACUGUCCACCAUCAAUCUUUUAUUUGGUGAAUCGAGUGUGGUAGGCGAAUGAGCAUUGAUAUCUGCGUUGAUUCCUGAUAUCAAUUAUUUCGGUCUUUAUUGUCUUGCAGGGAGAGAGUAUGGGUCCUACAGUAGCCGCGUACCUAGUCCAUCCACUAGAUGACGUUUUCACGAAAAGCACUCUUGAAAGGGAGAAAAUGAAAUUGUAAACGCGAACAAGAAUAUACAAUCUGAGAAAACAGUCCUCCGCAUCAUCAUACUUGUGACAGUUCUCUAGCUAUAGUAUCUGCAUUUACUGCACUGCCUCAGAGACUCUACUCCUACUAUCCAUCUAUCCAUCACUCCCUUCCCAUGUUUCUGCGUAGUCACUACUCCCCAAUCUCCAGCCUAUCAUCCUAUACUUUGCCUACAUCUUUUUUGCAUCUAGUAGUUCGCAAUACUUUAUUCUUGCAGGACCACGCCAUGAUCAAGCCUGUUGAGAACGACACAGCAGAGAUGAUUCGUCGCAGACAUGUCACGUGACAAGGCUGAGACUGAGGCGCGCGACGAGACUUGAUGAUUGUGGCAGUACCUUUGAUUAGAACUUUGGAUAUUCCUAAAUGUAUCUUUUAGAACCAGCUUUUAUUAGGCUAUCGCAGUUAUGUUACGGUAUUAAAAGCACUUUAUACCUACAUAUGUAGAAUAAUACCAGUUGACUAUAUUGAUACAUGUAUGCCAAGAGCUAAAGACUACAUACCUAUGUACAUAUGUACUAAGCUUGUUGUAAAGAUGAUGAAUUUCCGCAGUUUAAACAGCACCCAAGCCCUUACAAAACACACAACCCUUGAUCUCAAAAUCCUUUCUACGAUAUUUGAUUGAAGCAUUAAGGCUAGAUGUCGGUGUACUCGGCUGAUACAAAUCCGCUUAGUUCUCCUCGGAGGCUUUGGUCGAACUGCUAGAGUAGAUCUUCUCAUUCUCAACGUUGGACUGCGGCUCAAUAUCAAUAAAUGAAAUCGGUUCUGAGCUCUCGACCUCUGUCUUGUCGAAGCGUGGACCUUGCGGAUCCAUACAUAGUCAAAGACACAACGAGCUGCUGAAUGGUUUAACGAAACCGAGAAAUCGAGUUUUGUUGUAGGAAACG